AAAAAGUAUUGCUAUUUUUUUUCUUUCAUAAAAUUAGAACUUUUUUUCCCCGAUAAUAGAUGUCCCCAGUGACUACAGUCCACCACGCAAAAGUGAAAUUAUUGAUUUGGAUCUUCGUGCUAAUUCGUGUUUCAUUCGGAUCACCAAUUUCACAUUCGAUUGGUUCUGUUUCAUCAUGGAAGGGAUGUCAUUUGUUAUCUGCAUCGCGCGCGGUUUAGUUUAAAGCGUGUGAAUUUGUAGAAUUUAAGGUAAAAUAAGAAAAACUCUGUGAAAAUGAACGGCAAAUUAGCGGCCGGAAUAUCCCAUGAUAGUUUAACUGAAGAACUUUUAAAUCCCUUCGUUCAUCGCCUGGAAUUGGAUACGACAUAUGAAAAAAUUAAAACCGCAGUGUUAACAGUAGUUUUAUUACCGAUAAGAGUUUCGAUAAUUUGUUUCUUCCUCAUAUCCGGAUGGCUGUUGGCCUGCAUAGGACUCUGGGGACUCACAGAAGAGGACCUCCGAGCCAAACCUUUGUCAGGAUGGAGGAGGAAAUUGACACCGAUUUUGUGCUUUCUGGGCAAGAGCACGUACCGAGCCGGGGGCAUGAAUGUAGUGAUAAAGGGCCAGCAAGCCAGUCGUAGCGAGGCCCCCAUACUUGUGAUAGCCCCCCAUUCCACGUUUCUGGACGGUGGAAUUAUCUACGCCACUGGCUUUCCCUCCAUUAUUGUGAGACGAGAGAGCGGUACAAAUCCGUACAUCGGAAAAUUGAUUAACUUCACACAACCCGUUUACGUGUGGAGGGACGACCCAGACUCGCGUCAAAACACGAUCAAAGAGAUCAUCAGUAGGGCAACCUCUGACCUGGACUGGCCGCAGAUUUUGAUUUUCCCAGAAGGGACGUGUACGAAUAGGUCGUGCUUGAUUACCUUCAAGCCAGGUGCGUUCUAUCCAGGCGUUCCCAUCCAGCCUGUCUGUAUCCGAUACCCAAACAAACUGGAUACGGUGACAUGGACCUGGGAAGGACCGAGCGCGCUAAAACUACUCUGGUUAACGUUAACUCAACCUUACAGCUACUGCGAAAUUGAAUUUUUGCCCGUUUAUCAGCCAAGUGAAGAGGAGAAAAAGGACCCGAAGUUGUUCGCAAACAACGUGCGAGCUGUUAUGGCCAAGGCUUUGGGGGUCCCGGUAUCGGACUACACGUAUGGAGAUUGCAAGUUAAUGGCAAGAGCCAAAGAAAUGAAUCUGCCAAAUUCCACGUCUUUGGUUGAAGUCCAGAAAAUGAGACACAGAUUAAAUUUGCAUCAGUCCAACGUGGAAGAAAACCUACUCAACUCAAACAUACUGUGUCAAAACUGCAACAAAGUGACUUUCACUGAAUUCUGCAAAUUGCUAAAUUUGUCGCCAAACGAUCACUGUACCCAGCAUUUGUUCAAACUCUACGAUAAGAACUGCAGCGGUGCCAUCGAUUUCCGGGAUUACCUCCUAGGAGUGUUGGCAUUGUCAAAUAGCCGAACAACUCUUGAUGCUGUUAAAUUAGCUUGUAAGAUUUAUGAUAGUAGUGGCUGUGGGCGCCUUUCGGCGGAAGACUUCAGCCGAGCUCUUUUCCACACGUUAGCCAUCAACAAAGAGUACGCUUUCGAGAUAUUCGAACAAGUAGACAAAAAUAAACUUGGGUACAUUACAUUCGACAAUUUCCUCGCAUAUGCAGAGAAGAAGGCUGAAUUCGCGAGUUUGUUCAGUUUAAGUCGGGAAGAGAAAUUAAUUCCGACUUCGCGAAACGGUGAGAUUUGCCCCAACGAUUUCUCGAAGAAAGUGGACUGAUGUUUGGACGUUCCUCAAGUUUAAGUUUCUUGAAACCAGUCGGCAAGACAACGGGAUAAAAACGUGCUAAGACGAGAAGACAAAACUGAUGAUCUGAUAUUUUUACGUAUAUUGCUGUAGCAUAUUUAGCUUAAUAUUUUCAAGUUAACCAAUAGCGUGAUAGCGAUUGAUUUAGUAGACGAGAAAAUAUUUAUUUAUUUAUUUGUUGUAAAUAUAAUUUGUAUAGACAAUACAAGGCGUUUUCUAUUUUGUACCAUCGACUUACUUUCGUAAUAUUAACCAUAAGAACCGUUUUUUAAUGAAAAAGUCAAUAAAACUUUUGAAUAUUAUAGCUAGCUGUUAAAUACCUGUUUUCAUAUAAAUAAUAAAACCAAAAAUUUCGA